AUGUCACUACUACCAAGAAAUGCUUUUGUCUUUAUCGUAGUGAUUAUAUACCUGGUGAACACUUGUAGAAGCAUCAGUAAGAAUCAAAAUAUACGUAUUGCUGACCCUAAUUUAAAUAAGCUUUGUGAAUCUUAUUCGCGGCAUGCCUACUCAAGGGGUCACAAAUUCAUAUGUUUGGUUUGCAAAGGGUUUGAUAUUUCAUGUUUCUCAACUACCAAACCCGUUACGACGACGACUACCACCACUACUGCCAAGACGACUCUUCCGUCUUCCGUUAGGCCGACAAUUUCCGAAUUACCCCAAUUCACUACAACAACUAAAGCUCCUGAACCUGAAGAGUAA